AUGUUUAGGUAUAUGGAAAAAUGCCAAGUAAACACUGAGACCUGUAGUUUGUCUCUCCAGAAUCAACUCCAGAGAUAUUCUCCCGUGACCCUCGAAGCAAAGUUGAUAGAACUUUCUGAGGCAAAUCAGAAAGCGUUGGGUCUAAUUGUGAAGGAUGGAAAAGUUAUGGACGAUGUUUGGUACAACAAUCCAGCUCUAUGGGAUUGGCUGAAUGAUCAUGCUAAUGAAUUAAAACUCGAUAAACUCAAACGGGAUUACUUCUUGAUCAACAAAACUCCAUGGUCGUCUCUUGAUGAAAAUGAAGCAUUCUUGACCACGGCGGAUUCAGCUGUAAAGUUGGUUCCUGAAGCAACAAACCCCAUUGUUGGCUGGAAGGGUCUUGAAUAUAGAACAGCCUUUCGUGUGACUAAGCCACCUGGUGCCAAUUUAUAUCCUCCCGAUAUGGAUAAAACGAUACCCACUAACAUAUGUUUGAUGUUUGUUUUCCAUUUACUCAUAGAUUGUGAUAAUCCGUAG